AGGAGAUCAGCUGCUCCUCCACAUCAAGAGGAGCCAGUUGAGGUGGUUUGGGCAUCUAGUUAGGAUGCCUCCCUGGAGAAAUUUUCCAGGCAUGUCCAACUGGGAACCAAUCUAAAAGGAGACCCAGGACAUGCUGGAGGGCUGGAACUGGCCCAAAGGGGGAGAGGGAAGUCGGGACCUGUUUUCCUUAGCUGCUGCACCCUCUAGCUGACCCCAGAUAAGCAGAAGCAGCAACUAACUUCCUAAAAAGGACGUGAUAUAUACUGGUAAAAUCUGUUUUCCUCUAACUUUUUAAAUAAAAGGAACUUGUUUGUUCUCUUUUACACACGUUAUUUUUUUUCGACAUUUAAAACAUCAGCACACAUCAGCUUUAAUAAAUCUGAUCUCACAUUCUGCUGUGAAGCAGCAGGAGUUUGGAGAUGGACGAAGAAAUCAGUUAUUCCUCGUUGGUUUUCAAAAACAGGGCUGCAGCUCAAGAUGGAGAAAAAGAAAACCUGACGAAGAACUAUGGAAAGAAAAAUUCACCAGUUCCAGAGGAAAAACAGGAUGUGUCGAUUUACUCUGAAGUCAAACACAAAGCUCUGGCAGCAGCUGCAUCAAAGGCAAAGGAGGAGCCACAGGUUUAUUCUGAAGUCAAGCCCAAAGCUGCCACUACUGAACCGAAGAAAGCAGGAGAUCUGACGACUAAACCUGUGGAACAACCUGGGAAAACAACACCUGCAGAACCCAAAGUCAAAGCAACUAAAAGAUCAUCCAGUCCUCUGGUGUGUUUGGGGAUUCUCUGUCUUCUCCUGAUGGCAGCUGUCAUCUUCCUGGUGAUCAAAAUUGCCAUGGUAACAAGAAAACAGGAAGCAAGCAUCAGUGAGCUCACAGCCAAAAAUCAGCAGCUGAAUCUGGAAAAUAAAAACAUCACGAGUCAGACUGAACGGCUGACUGUGCAGAACAGAUUCUUAGUGAAUAAAACAAAUCAGCUGAUGGAGGAAAAGAAAGGUUUGGAGAAUCAGACGCAGUGGCUGCAUAAUCAGACCCAGUGGCUGCAGAAUCAGACCCAGUUGCUGCAGAAUCAGACCCAGUUGCUGCAGAAUCAGACCCAGUUGCUGCAGAAUCAGACCCAGUGGCUGCAGAAUCAGACCCAGUUGCUGCAGAAUCAGACCCAGUUGCUGCAGAAUCAGACCCAGUGGCUGCAGAAUCAGACCCAGUGGCUGCAGAAUCAGACCCAGUGGCUGCAGAAUCAGACCCAGUUGCUGCAGAAUCAGACUGUGGCGCUGAGAAAAGAAAGAGGCAACCUCAACCAGACGCUGGGAUCCAUCCUGACAUAUGACAAUUUCCCAGUGAAAGACUUCUGUCCCAACAAAAAGUGUCAGCCAUGUCAGACAGGCUGGAUUCUCUUCAGUGGAACAUGUUACCUGUUUUAUAAUCACACUUCUAUCUGGUUAACCUGGAAUGAAAGUCGACAAUUCUGUCAGAGCAAAUCAGCUGAUCUGGUUGUUAUAAAUAACCUGCAGGAACAGGAAUUCAUCAGUACCUAUUCUGCAUACUACUUUGAUCAAUGGCAUGGAUACUGGUUGGGAUUAAACAAUCUAACCAACAGUAAAUGGAUCUGGAUUGAUCAACAUGAGGAUAAUCUGAAGUACUGGAUACCAGGGCAAUAUGGGGGUUCAGGUCCAUUUGCUCUGCUGGUUCCUAAACCUAAUGAUAUGGUUCCUCCUGUCACACAGAACUGGGACACAUCAGAUCCUUCGUUUAAGCUCAGAUUCAUCUGUGAGCAAAACGCUCUGAUCAUAUCUAACUAG